UUUGGCUCAAGUUAUCACCCUGCUGAAACCUUCGUGGCCUGGGUACUUUCGAUGGCUUUCAGAUUUGUUCUGGUCCUCUUGCGGUUGGCCGCUUCUGACGUGGCGGAGCGUCGGGUGCAGGAUUUGCCGCGGGGCUUUGAAUUCAAUGAGACCAUGAAUGGCUGGAUUCCCCUCACCAUCAUCCCCUCUUGGGAUGUGUUCCUGGGCUUCAGUGACAAGCAGAAGUACAUUAAGGGGAGAAUGACCAUUGGCACGGUGUAUCCGGAAGUUGCCACCACCUUUGUCGAGAAACCAGAGGACAUGGUGGAUGUGCAGAACUUUGGGUCAGGCUCUGGCGACAUCACAACCAUGAGCUCCUUGAAGCUAUGGAACCCGAAGGUUGGAAAAUCCACCUCCAUCAGCAAGACCUACGUGGGCGAGUUUUCGCAAUCGCUCUACCCAUAUGACCUAUCAUGCUACCCCUUUGACCGCAAGACCAUGAUGUUCAUAAUCAGUCUCCAGAAGCCCUGUGGCGCCUUCUACCGCCUCGCGCUGGGGUGUGUCGGGGAGGGCAGCGUAACGGAGAGUGUUGAUGAUGAUGGCAACGUCCUCCAGUGCUCCUGGCCCAUCAACGCGUCCUCUGUGGGCUUCGAUUGGGAAAUGUUUACCUGCGCCUUGAAUGGCAACUCCACUUUGGAAUGCCAAAUGUCGGGCACCAGGCAGUCCGAGGCACUGCUGAAGAUCUACCUCUGGCCAUCCAUCAUCUAUGGCUUAAUGGGCUUCCAGGCUUUCGCGCUGGGUGUAAAGCUGGCCAUGCCUCGUGUGGCCACCACCAUGCUGGCCUUGCUGUCCCUGACGAAUCUGCGGAAUCAAGUCAUGAACACCUUGCCCAGCUCGGGGGCCACGAGCUGGUUGGAGGAGUACUUCUUGCUUUCCAUCUCCUUUAUGCUUCUGAAUUUGAUGGGUCACGCUGCCUCCUUCCAUCUUGAUGCCACUGGCCGGCAUCACACGCAAAAGAUGGUGAACAAGUUCAAUCUUUGGGGCGUGUUGUCCCUCUUCGUCCUGAUUGUGAUCGCCCGGCUGCAUGUCAGGGAGUGUACCGUGAUUGAUCCCUGGGUCUCCCUGACCACGCUCUUGCUGACAGCUACUGCAACCGUCUCGAUUAUCCUCUUCCUCGUCUGGUACCACCGCUCGGCCUUCCGGGAGUUUGGGCGGCAACUCGGCCUGGAAGCCGAGGAGCUCGCCAAGGGCCUCCAUCAUGGCACGAGCUCCGCCGUGUAGCGAGGUAGCGAGGUCUGCAUGUCUUCUAACCUAGGCUUCGAUUGACUCAACGCACCGAUGAAACUUCUCAAGGCCAAAGCUCU